ACCAUUGUGUGGCUGGACUCGGCCGCCGCUGCGGUGUGAGGCGCGUGUUCCGGCUUUCGCCGUCCCCGCACCCGCACCGCGGCUCCUGCCCUGUGGUCAGCCGUUCGGCAGCCAGCCCUCGGGCCCCCCGCCCGCCACGGACAUGCCGCGCGUCUACAUAGGACGCCUUAGCUACAACGUCCGGGAGAAGGACAUUCAGCGCUUUUUCAGUGGCUAUGGCCGUCUCCUCGAAAUAGAUCUCAAAAAUGGGUACGGCUUCGUGGAGUUCGAGGACUCCCGCGACGCCGACGACGCCGUUUACGAGCUGAACGGCAAGGAGCUCUGCGGCGAGCGCGUGAUCGUGGAGCACGCCCGCGGCCCGCGCCGGGACCGCGACGGCUACAGCUACGGAAGCCGCAGUGGUGGAGGUGGAUACAGCAGUCGGAGAACCUCUGGCAGAGACAAAUAUGGACCACCUGUUCGUACAGAAUUCAGACUUAUUGUAGAAAAUCUUUCUAGUCGUUGCAGUUGGCAGGAUUUAAAGGAUUUCAUGAGACAGGCAGGUGAAGUAACCUAUGCGGAUGCUCACAAAGAACGCACAAAUGAAGGCGUAAUUGAGUUUCGAUCCUACUCUGACAUGAAGCGUGCUUUGGAUAAACUGGAUGGUACGGAAAUAAAUGGCAGAAAUAUUAGGCUCAUUGAAGAUAAACCACGAACGAGCCAUAGGCGAUCUUACUCUGGAAGCAGAUCAAGGUCACGGUCUAGAAGAAGGUCACGAAGUAGGAGUCGCAGAAGCAGCCGCAGUAGAUCUCGAAGUAUCUCAAAAAGUCGCUCCCGAUCCAGGUCUCGGAGCAAAGGUCGAUCACGUUCUCGAUCAAAAGGCAGGAAAUCUAGAUCAAAAAGCAAAUCUAAGCCCAAGUCUGGGGGCUCCCGUUCGCGCUCUCGGAGCAGAUCUAAGGAUGAGUAUGAGAAGUCUCGAAGCAGGUCUCGUUCUCGAUCUCGUUCCCCCAAAGAAAAUGGAAAAGGUGAUAUAAAGUCAAAAUCUAGAUCAAGGAGCCAGUCUCGCUCCAAUUCACCCGUACCUGCUCCACCCUCAAAGGCUCGUUCUGUGUCCCCUCCACCAAAAAGAGCUUCAAGAUCCCGUUCUAGAUCUCGUUCAAAGUCAAGGUCACGGUCCAGAUCGAGUUCCAGAGAUUAACCCAGAACUCUCAGUUCUUUGCACACUAUUACAGAACAUUUUCCUACUUGCUUAGGCAGUUACUCUUCCACAUUUGUACUUGGCCUCUUCUGCAGGAGGAGUCUCCUGAAAACAGGGGCGCACAGAAAUUUGAUUUGUGGCCAAAUUUGAUGAAAAAGAUGAGGUUCUAAAGAAAUGGUGGCAUGAAGUCAAAGACCCUCUCCCUUCUUUGUAGAAUUAAGAUAACUUUGAUUUUAUAGCUUUUGAGCUAAAAUAACUUUUGUAAAGAUUAAGCUCAUUUAGAUUUUUUUUUUUUUUAAGUAUUUCAGCAGGAUCUGCUGCGGGGGUUUUGUUUAUUUGUUUAUUUGUUUGCUUACUUUAAAUUAACUGUUUCAAGCUUUGAAUACUUAAGGCUUUAGAGGGAGAACUCAAUCUUCAAUUAUGUUGGCUUUUUAUAAAGCUUGAGUUAUGUAAGAUUUCAAUAAAAGUUUGCUACCAAGAUGAUUGCCUUAUUGAGUAGGUCACUAUUAAAUUCCUUUAAAUACUGAAAAUCUGCUGUUUGUGGAAGCAGUAUAAGUUCUCCUUAUGUGUAAAACAAGGCAGGCCUCAGACCAGCAAUAAAUUACUCAGUUUGGAUAAUAUUUUGUGCUGUUCAUCAAAUUUGCCAAAGUUAUAUCUGUUCCUUUAACAAGUUAAGUUAAAAAUAAAAGAUUUUGUAGUCAAUCUGUUAUACAAUUUUGCCUAAAUUGCUAGAUUUUAAAUAGUGAAACUUUUUUCAAACUUAAAUUUGAUUGAAUUCUUCAAGAAAUAGUUCCUAAUACUGGGGAUCUAGUUUAGCUUGGUAAUCCCAGUUUCUGGAAGUGAUCGCUGUAAUUAGUGUUUUGUUAGAGUAUGGUUCCAUGGUCUUUAAUGUUUGCUAUGUAAAAAUGGAAGUAGCCUUUCUUUGAUCAGAAAUUUUGUGGGUUUUUGUUCAAAAUGGAAAAGAAAUACUAUGUUUUCUGUUAGAAGAUCAUUAUAUUUAACAUAAAGGCACUUAACCUCAUUUGGUAAAAUCAGUGGCCAGUUAAAGUAAAAUUCCAUCCAACAGUCAAUCCCAUUUGUAGUUGAUGGGGUUAUGUCAUAAUUGGUUAGGUCAUCCUUGUAAACCUGACAGUAUGUGGUUGGUUUGAAAAAAAUUUAAAUGGAUAAACCCUAAACUUUUUGUACUUUAACAUGAAUGAAGUGUAAUGAAUACUGUGGAAGCCAAAUUAUACUUCAGAUUUGUGGGAGUUACUCAUUUGCCAAUUAGUCCAUACAUCCAUAAGCCCUAAUUAGUUGAGAUUGCAGUUUGAGAAAUGUUACCUUCUCUCUCUUUGUUCAGAUAGUUUUAAAUAAAGUAGUUCCAUUUACAAGUACUCAUUAACCUCUGAAAUCAAGAUGUAGGUUAUUUGGCUCAGCUUUAACAUCUUCCUUUGAGCUGUCACUAUGUAAGGUGUCAAGGGCUGGUUUGUGCUAGGGCAUGGUGGUACACUGCUCAUUGUGCCACGUAUGUGGCUAGAAAGCAUAAUCUAGAGUUGGUUUGUAGGUUCAAAUAAUCCAGAAGGCAUCUCUAGUAAAAUGAGGCUGUGUAGAAAAAUUGAGUCAAAGAUAUGGCUGUCAAAAUCACAGGAGAAGCUGGGAGUCCUUGGUAAUGAGUAGAAAGAAGUUAAGAAAUUUCUUAGCUUCCUGUUAGAAACUCCUAGAGCCUAAUCUUGGAAAUAUAGUGCCCCAAAAGGUUGGUGUGUCUUUCGUGACGUUAUUUACUUUGAUACUUUUUUUUUUAAUUUGAAUGUUUCUAAGAAAUGGGUGGGGUUUUUUUCCCAAUAUAAACUUAAGACUUUUGAGAGAAUAAAGUGGUGUCUGGAACUGUGGUUCAUUAUUUUGCAUAUUUUAGAACAGAAGCUAUGACUUCCAUGAAGAGGCAAGCCUCCACUGCUUUUCAAAAUUGAUAUUUAAGGACAGAGUUAGUUUGGGAAUUGGCUUUGACCAAAGUUCUCUUGUUUUCAGGGAAAGAACAAAAGCUUUUACAACCACAGCCUUUUAAAAGGAAGGAGGAGGCAAUAUUACAGUGAAUUUGGCUUUCUAAAAAGUACGCAGCAUCCAUCAAUUGGGCUUUAUUGUGUUAAUGUUACAUGGCAUGGUAAAAGGCGGGUUUGUCUACCUUGCUAGCAGCCCUGGUAGUGGGUAAUUGUGUAGGUAAAUGCCUGUACCUAAUUUUCUAGGAAUAGCAAUUACCAGCUUACUAAAAACCUAGUCCUAUUCCAUACCUGCAGACCUAUGUCACUGGAUAUGCCAAACCAUUCUAUAACACUGGCCCAUUUGAGAACAGAAUCGACUAAUGUUUCGUUCCUUGCUAACUUAGAAGUGGAAUCUGAGUCUCUACAGCAUGCCACAUGUCUGUCUGUGGCUAGAUGGAGUACUAAGCUGACAGAGAGCAAAGGAGAAGUGAGCGAUACCUUGAUUCCCUUUCCUUGAGCUGAUAGUGUUUAUUGGUGUGCCGUAGUGCCUUUAUGGCCAGUUUGGGUCCUACCUGCUCCUGUGACUUAGCUCUGCCCCUCCUGCAUUGUUACCACCUUUCAUCUUGAUAUCUUCUUUCUCCCGCUUUGUUAACCUAUUUUAUGCUUUUAUCUCCUCAAUAAAGUGCUUACAGAGGGAAA